AUGGAUGACCUUCAUGGAAACAAUGGUCGAAUGCACAUCGGAGAAGAGCAAGAUCCAUUGCAUGUUCAGUAUGAAGACCAUGGUUUGCACCAGAUCCACAAUGGGAGCGGAAUGGUCGAUGACCAUGCUGGUGGGAUGAGUGAGGGAGUGGAAACAGAUAUUCCUUCUCACCCUGGGAACAUAACUGACAGUCGUGGUGAAGUGGUCGACCGUGGUAGUGAGCAAGGAGAUCAAUUGACAUUGUCUUUCCAAGGCCAAGUCUACGUUUUCGACAGUGUCUUGCCUGAAAAGGUUCAAGCUGUGCUUUUAUUAUUGGGUGGACGCGAAUUACCUCAGGCACCCCCUACAGGCCUAGGAGCAUCUCAUCAGAACAAUAGAGUAUUGGGUUUACCUGGUACUCCUCAAAGGUUUAGUAUGCCACAGAGGUUAGCUUCGUUGGUUAGGUUUCGAGAGAAACGAAAAGGGAGGAACUUUGAUAAGAAGAUCCGGUAUACAGUCCGUAAGGAGGUAGCUUUGAGGAUGCAACGCAACAAAGGUCAGUUCACAUCUGCCAAGUCAAGCAAUGAUGAAGCAGCAUCUGCUGGAUCAAGCUGGGAGUCAAACCAAACCUGGGCUAUAGAAGGGAGCGAGGCUCAGACUCCAGAGAUCUCAUGCCGGCAUUGUGGAAUUGGCGAGAAGUCAACUCCAAUGAUGCGGCGUGGACCUGAAGGGCCAAGAACACUUUGCAAUGCAUGUGGACUUAUGUGGGCAAACAAGGGUGCUCUAAGAGACUUAUCCAAAGGCGCUCCUCAGACAGCCCAAAAUCUUCCUUUAAACAAGAAUGAAGAUGCAAAUAUUGAGGCUGAUCAAAUGAUGAUGGUGGCCAGUAACAUGAGCAACUCACAGUGA